CGAUCAGUUUGGUUGCAGAUCCGAGUUUCUUGACCUUCGGCAUUACUUAGAACAUUUCGGUCAUGACCCUCCGCUGCUUGCGCCCAGCAAUCCGCUCGUUCACUCACUUGGGCACGCCUUCACUGAGGAUAUUGCAGCAUUCUCCGCAAUGCGUGGGGACCCGACUUGCUUAUUCACUCAAACGGGCCAAUGCGGCUCGCCGUUUCUCGGCACCUCCCAUGAAGACCUCCCUUUCCUUACCAGAUAAAGUACAUAUUGGUCUAGAUGAAGCUGUACCAAAGGAUGUGGUUGGGAACGAUCUCGACACGAACAGACCGCCAGCAGAGGUUCGACAGAAAAUUGGUGAUGAAUAUAGUGCAGAACACCUGCUGCGAUGGUCGCAACCACCUCGCACUGUCCUGAUUGUGAAAAAGCCGAAUGAUGAACGGACUCGAGCGGCAUUUCUAGAGAUUGUUCGCUGGCUUCGUUCGGAAUACCCUUACAUGAAUAUCGUCGUCGAACCAGCAGUCGCGGAAGAACUAGGCGAGGAAGUGUCUGGACUCCAUGUUAUCUCCAAGGAUAAUAUGGUAGAAUACAGCCGGACAAUCGACUUUGCAAUAACGUUAGGUGGCGAUGGUACCAUAUUACAUGCUUCCUCUCUUUUCCCGCGAGCGGUUCCGCCGAUCAUAUCCUUUUCUCUGGGAACAUUGGGCUUCCUUCUGCCGUUUGGAUUCCAAGACUAUCAAACAGCUCUAAUUAAAGUGAUCGAAGGAUCCGUACCGCUCCUGUUACGUAUGCGUUUAACCUGUGCCAUCUUUCGUAAUGAUGGACGGAGGGUGAUGUAUGAUGGCCUUGACCAAGAUUUGCAGGCUAUGAACGAUAUAACGUUGCACCGUGGACAUAAUCCGCAUUUGACAGUUAUUGAUUGUUCAGUUGGAGGAGAAUUUUUGACGGACGCUGUCGCUGACGGUCUCAUCGUCUCCACACCCACUGGAUCGACAGCUUAUUCGCUGUCUGCAGGUGGACCUAUUGUACACCCAGCUGUACAAUCUCUUCUUUUAACGCCUAUUUGCCCGCGAUCACUAUCUUUCCGACCGGCAUUGCUACCUCCAUAUUUGACCGUUCGAUUACGUCUGUCAAAAAACAGUAGAGGAACCGCGCAGGUCUCGGUCGAUGGCAGAGAUGUUUAUCUGUUGGGGAAGGAAGAAUAUGUAGAGGUGCGCAUGUCACAGUUUCCGAUCCCAUGCGUGAGCCGAACAAGGCACGGAAAGGAUUGGGUGAGGGAUAUCAAUCAAACGUUGAAAUGGAAUCAAAGCUUUACCAACAGGCAUGGCGACGGUGAUUCGGAACCAUGGUGAAGAGAUAACUGUAAUCUACAUUUACAUUGUAAUAUAUUCACAGCGAGACUGCAUUACUGCAUUGGAUA